UCAUUUGGAUUUUCGACUUCAAGUUCUUAUUUUGAGUACGAUUCUACUCGCCUCUUAUCACCGUUAUCCCCGAUUUAAUACCUUCUUCGAGGUAAUAUUUUACGGGCAACCGGUGGAUCUUGGAAUUUACUGGACCGACUCUCUAAUACAGUCUUAAUUUCGCUUUUAUAACGCCCGUAAUUAGUCAAUGGUUUAAAAAAUCAUCCGUCUGAUGAUUUGAUGAAUCGAUUGUUUGCGGUAGCAUUUCAUAUUUGAUUACCAUGUGGUUCAAACUAGCGAUUCAUGUGCUUUUGGAUGUGUUUUUGUUACUUUUUUGACUUUUGAGAGGAAAAAUGGGAGUUUUUCGUACUUCCAGUUUAAUGGUCUUAACAGAAGGGAUUGGACUUUGAGGAUGGUGGAAAGUCACGCAGAUUGGGGCAUUGGGCAAAAUGAUAAUGAACUUGAGGUCCACUGUCAAACGCGAUUCAUGUGUCGGAUGUGUUCUGUGUCACUUUUGACCAUUUAAGGGGCAAAGUGGGAAUUUUCCUACUGUGCCUGUCAGUUUCAUGGCUUUGACAAAGGGCAAUGGAUGCUGGUGAUGAUGGAAAGUCACGCAGAUUGCGCAAGAUAAUAAUAAACUUGAGGUUCAUAGUCCCAUAAAGAAAGACGCUUUGCUAUCAAUGACAAGGGAUGAUAGCCAACAGUUACUUCGAACUGUUGCUAUUUAAUGCUUGGUAGCUUGCAUUUGUUUGCUGUGUUUGUCUUCUGCCCACAACCAGGAACCAUGUGGAUACGUGGUAGAAUGAGUACAUUUGCUAUUUUAAAUUUUUUUUCAGCCAUUUAUUAAAGGUUAAACAUGUACUUCAGUAUGAAAAGGAUUUUAAGGUGGCGGUAAUGAUCAGAAAGGCUGGAAAGAAAAUGACAAGUUGCAAUUGACCGUGGCCCAAUGGUACGCGACCUUUAUAAUUUAGAAACUAUUUUCAUGGAUCAAGUUAACUUUAUAAAUUUCCAAGUAAAUAAAAAGAAUUUGCAACCGUCCCAUGUUUCCUUGUUCAUUUCAUGAGAUCAGUGAUAUCAACUAUGCAUUGACCUAGAGCUGAUCUAUCUCACCUAAGAAAAUGGAGUUUCAUCCCUUCGAUUAGAAAGGAUUGCUCAUACGGUAAGAUAUUAACUGCAUUCCAUUUGGUAAAGGAUGAAGAGGAUGCUGUCGAAAAAGUCUCACUCAUGGUGGUGGGACAGCCAUAUUAGCCGCAAAAACUCCAAAUGGCUCGCAGACAAUCUUGAAAAGAUGGACCUCGGUGUCAAAGAGAUGCUAAAGUUGAUUGAAGAGGAAGGAGAUUCUUUUGCAGAGAAAGCUGAGAUGUAUUAUGAGAAACGUCCUUCGUUGAUAUCGUAUGUUGAGGAGUUCUAUCGCAUGUAUCGUGCCCUAGCCGAACGGUAUGACCAAGUAACUGGUGACCUUCGCAAGAAUGUGGAAUCAGAAUUAAAAUCUCAAAUUUCAGGCAAUGGAUCUGAUCUUGUUUCAGACCCACCUUCUCCUUCGUCUGGCAACUCUUCAGAACUCACUCCUGACUCGAAGCUGCAGCAACCCAAGACCCAUCCCAAGGCUCCUGGGUUUGAUUUCUUUCUCGCAUCUGGUGGUAGCUCUGAUCUUUCCAGGAAAGACAGUGAUGGUUCAUUUUCGUCCUCUGAAUCUGAUUUGGAGCCUGACCUUGAUGAUAUAAAUGAGGAAAAUGGAGAUAGCAUUUCCUCUAUCCUGCAGCAGAGGAUUCAGGAACUUGAAAAUGAGCUCCGGGAGGUGAGAGAGAAGCUCAACGCAGAAGAGCAGCAGAAUUAUCAUGACCAGUGUAAACUUAAAAUUGAAUCUUUGGAGGAAGAUUUAUCAGCUGCAAAUGAGAAACUUCACUCUGCGGAAACUGAUAUCUCAGUCCUUAAGAAAAAGCUUGAGGACACCAGUGCUUCUGUAGAUACCAAGAUCAUAGAGUUCAAUUUGGAAAAGAAGAAGGUUUCUGAUUUGGAGGAAGGCACCUUGAAGUUACAAGAACAAAUAUUAGUUCUCAAGAAUGAAACUGAGAUUCUAAAAGGCUUAGCAGAAUCUUCUGCUAAGCAAUUCGAAGCAGAAUUACUGAGUCGUGAUUUCAUCAUUGAAGAAUUCAAAAUUGAACUAGUCAAUGCUGCUGAAAUUUUUGGCCAGGAGAAGUCUGUCCUUGAAGCUGCAAUAUCAGACCUUGAAGGUGUUAACGUUGAACUAAGAGCCGAAGUAGAAAAGAUAGUGCAAGAAAAUUUGUUACUCAAAGCCUGUGUUUCCGAGCUAGAAAAUAGAAUUCAGGAGCUGAAUGCCUCAAACACUCUUUCCGUUGACAGAAUCUCUAAGGAGAAGUCAGCACUUGAAGCUGAACUCUCAACUCUCUCUCAGUCGCACACACUCCUGGAAGCUAAAGUAAUCAAACUUGACAACCAAACGAGGCAGCUUGAAGCUGAAAGACUUCGAGAAUGUGAUGAGAAACAGAAGCUCAUCACUGCAUUAAAUGGAAAUCUAGAUGAUCUCAAGCUCAAAUUUGAUAUGCUGACAGCCAAGAAAGAUGAGGUUUCUUCCAAGGUGGAUUCUCUUCUCAAUGACAUCAAAAGCCACGAUGACCACAAUCGGCAGUUGCACCUAGAGAACGCAAAGCUAAUGAUUCAGAUUGAGGAAACCACAGAAGCCAGUUCAAAUUUGAAAGCAAGAUUAAAGGAGCUUGAGGACGAAGUGGAGAGACAGAAGGUCAUAAUUUGGGACGGUGCCGAGGGCAAAAGGGAGGCAAUAAGGCAACUUUGCUUCUCACUGGAGCAUUACCGUGAUGGCUACAUUCAACUCAGGGAAUUGCUGAAGGGGCACAAGCGAUCGGCCAUAGCAGUAAGGUGCUGAUCUUGAUGGGUAUCCUUUCUAUUAUGAUUAUCAUGCAAUGUCCAGGGUCCUUGUUCCGAAAAUUCAGGGUGGAGUACAAUACUCUCUUGUUUGUCUUUCGGGGUAUGUAUAACAGUAUAAGAAAUCUUGUUUAACAGUAGGAAAAAUUUGAUGAGUCUGUGUUUUGAUAGAAAAUGUCAGUUUGGAAAAAUCAAAACGUUAUAUGAUAAUAUCAUUCUGGUCUUUGUUGUUGGUUUGGUUA